UUUCUUUCCCAGCGUACUGCAGCGCAUCCGUCGUGGUCUUACUCUUAACAAAGUGUUUGCUCUCACUCCAACAACAAACCGCGCUUCCCCCCAAACACCUGGAUGUUCACCGUGGAUAGGAGCCUCUCCCCCCACCCCCCAGCUCCCUUUACGCUCAGUCUUAGCUCGCGUUUGUGCCAACAGACGUGAUUCCCUGGAUGUAUUUUCUCCGGAGAUUGUGAAGCAGGGAGCAGUUCAGCACUCCGAAGCCAUGUGGACAGCGGACACGUCCUCUGGAGCGAACACUGGAGGCAAAGGCAGACUUUAGGCAGAGAGCGGUGCUGCGCUUUCCUGGAAAAUAACGCCUUCUAGGAAACCGACAGAGACGAGAUGGUAGAGAAGUAAGUAGCCUACGUUGACAUCAAGUGGCCGCACCUGACCUCCUUGACCCAAAGGCUGCCGUCCACAACUCCCAGCCUCGCCUGUCCUUCUCCACAAAACCAGUGGUGCUGAACACUCCCGAGGAUGAGUGCGACACCCGGACCACAGUCAUGAGGUGGAAAACUGUGUCGGCCAUUUUCUUCCUGGUGGUGCUGUACCUCAUCAUCGGGGCAACAGUGUUCCAGGCUCUGGAGCAGCCUCACGAAAGCUACCAGAAAUCGGUCAUUCUGAAAGAGAAACUGGAGUUCUUGGCCUUGCACAGCUGCAUAAAUUCAACGGAGCUGGAGGAUCUUGUCAAGCAAGUGGUUUCGGCAGUUCGUGCUGGAGUGAAUCCAUCAGGAAAUUUGUCCAAUCAGACGAGCCUGUGGGACCUCAGUUCCUCCUUCUUCUUUGCCGGGACUGUUAUCACCACGAUCGGAUUUGGGAACAUCUCUCCCCACACAGAAGGAGGACGGAUCUUCUGCAUCCUCUAUGCUCUGCUGGGCAUUCCCCUGUUUGGAUUCCUGUUGGCCGGUGUCGGCGACCAGUUGGGAACUAUUUUUGGGAAGGGCAUUGCCAAAGUCGAGAAGAUGAUUGUGAAGUGGAAAGUCAGCCAGACAAAGAUCCGCGUCAUCUCCACCCUGCUCUUCAUCUUGUUCGGGUGCCUCAUCUUCGUGGCCCUGCCAGCUGUCAUUUUCAAACAUAUCGAAGGCUGGAGCACGCUCGAGUCCAUCUACUUUGUCGUCAUCACCCUCACCACCAUUGGCUUCGGAGACUUCGUGGCCGGAGAAAAAGGUCAUCUGACCGAGGGUGGUUCAGAGAAUCUCGAGUACCUCGACUACUACAAGCCGGUGGUGUGGUUCUGGAUCCUGGUGGGCUUGGCGUACUUUGCAGCAGUGCUCAGCAUGAUUGGAGACUGGUUCAGAGUCAUCUCUAAGAAAACUAAAGAGGAGGUCGGGGAGUUUCGUGCCCAUGCUGCUGAGUGGACGGCAAAUGUAUCAGCGGAGUUCAAAGAGACCCGCAGGCGGCUUAGUGUCGACAUCUAUGAUAGGUUCCAGCGGGCCGCGUCCAUCAAGCGCAAGCUUUCGUCCGAGCUGGGAAUUAAUGCCACCAUGAACCAGGAGAUGACCCCUGGGAAGAGGACGCUGUCAGCCAACCUGGGCGAGGACAAAGAGACAUACCCCUCCUUGACGCUUUCUCUAAGUCCCGUCCCAGGGGCUCUCACCAGGAACGGCAGCUUGUAUCUGAACGGCCUCAGUCCAGAUUACGCUGAUCGACAGGAAAUCGCCAUAAUCGAAAACCUCAAAUGAGUAUCAGUACAAUGAAGGAGAUUCACUGUAUUGAGCAUUGCAGCUGUGAGACUGAAAACAAACUCGAGGCUUCAGUGAUCAUUGACUGAUGCCAGACAUUGAUGAGGUACCUGAAUGAAGCAGAUUGUUUUCCCGUGAUUUAAACACCUAAGCACAGAUAAGUCAUGAAGCUGUUCACUUUUGUCCAUGUUUAUCUCUUGCACAUAAAAAAGAAAACAGAUUGCAUUGAAUUUAUGGAAGGAGUCAGACUUUACUGAAGAUGUGUUUGUACCUGAGCCAAAUGGAACGAGAUUUAAAUUAAAGCGCAAGUUCAAACACUGCUGAAGCUGGAAGGAAAUAAAAGUCCACCCUGAGGCUGCAGGCAGCACACUAGUCUUCUUUUUCCACAGUAUUCCCUGGGAAACACGAAACGUAAGAAGCAAUAGAGGGAUCUGCACUCACCUCGUGACAGCCAUCCUAAAACUGGGAUUGGAUCAAUGAUCCCAAUAGUUAAAAACACCAAAUUAUCAAUCAUAGGUCUAUCCUGUGGUUCUUUACAAGCAGAAAUCCUGGGAGGAAUGUUCCUUUUCUUGUCGCUCAUCUUCUGUUUACUUUAUCUGCCUUGCAUUUGCCACUUAAUCAACCCUUUACUAAAGAGACGAAUGUUGACAUUUUGCUUUCUCCAUAAACUAUUCAUCCUGAGGGAUAAUUCACUGGUGCCUUAUUGAAAACACUGGACAUAUGAGGGCAACAAAAGACUCAUGUCCAUCUUUUCAUGUGUUAAUUUUGAUCACAGUAGUAAUAAGGACAUUUUUGAAAUGCAUCGUGGACAGUUAAAGAAUUUUUUUAAAUACUUAUAUAGAACGUUUAUAAAUGAAAGCGGAGAACAUAAUGUUUUAAAGGAGAAUGUCUUCUUGACACACUAAAUAGUUGCAUACUGUAAAGUGUUUCACCCAUCAAACUCCAACCUUCCCCUGAGUCAAAGUACCAUCUGUUUAUGUCUUGGGUCUGAAUAGAGCAUUACCAGGGCUGUAUGAGUUAUUUGUCUUAAUCUUCUCCAAGAUUUUCCUAAUGAGUAGUCACACUUCAGCCAUAAAAUUAAAACACACAGCAUUGUGUGUCAUCACAUUUUGUUUCCCAUAGAAAUUAAUGCAUACGGAGUGCCUUGCAAAAGUAUAUUUACACCUUGAACUUUGUCAUAUUAGAACAUACUUUUAAAAAAAUGCUUUACAAAUUAAAAGACAAAGCUGUGGUGUGCAUUUAUAUUCAGUGCAUAGAAGUCAAUGUUUUUGCUGAACCACACUUUGCUGCGGCUGCAUUUCAUUUGUGGUCUGCCAGCUUAGACACAUUUAUUUUAAUAUCAAUAAUUUGCUAAGUAGCGCAAUCUUGUUCAGAUUGGAUUGAGAAUAUGUGUGAUCAUCAAUUUUUAAAUCUUUCCACAAGUUUUACAUUGAUUUAGUUCUGGGAUUUGACUGGGCCCUUCUGUGACGAACAUGAUUUUCUGCAUUAAAACCUUGGUUGCAGGUUAAGAGUUGCUGAAAGCUGCACUUGUACACUAUUCUCAAUUUUUUUGCAAACCAUCCACGCAACAUGAUACUCAUCUGAUUUGACCAGACAGCCUAUGCUCAAAUGUUUGCCGUUUGCUUGUGGUAAACUUUAAAUAGGACCUGCUACAGCUUCCUUUCAACGUUUCUUUGCUCCCUGACACUUUUACAUAAAAGGAAGAUUUGUGAACUUCACGACAAACAGUCGUCCUGUAAACAGAUUUUCCUACCUGAGCGGUAGAUGUCUGCAGGUCUUCCAGGGCUACCUUUGACCUUUUGGCUACUUUCCUUGAAUUUAUGUAGGGGUACUGGAGUAAAGGGGGCUGAAUACAAAUGCUUACCCUGCAUCAUUUUCCUUCCAUCAUUCCAUCACAUGAAAUUCUACUAAAAUAUAUUGAACUUUGAGGUUGGAAUUUGACAAAAUGUGCAAAAGCUUAAGAGAUAAGAAUGCUCUUGCAAGGCACUGUACAGUGCUGUAGCAGUAAAGUCUAGGGACAUUUGAGGCACAUUUGUUGCUUUGUUUGACUGAAUUUGUCUGCAAACAUUUCUCCACUUAGAGUAGAUGGAGUAUUUAAUGCUAAUACUGAAUGUACACCACACUAAACCUUUCAUUUAGCCUGCUGCAUGUUACAGCACCGACUCAAUAGCCAAUAAUUCAGCAGCAAAUGAGGAUCUGCACUUAGGAAUGGAUGAACUGAAUGAAUGAUGCCUCACUGUGGCUUUCUUAGUGAGAAAAUUUGUGCAACUAUCUUUUAGGCCCACUGGGUGAUCACUGCAGCAAAUCAUGCUUUUUCUCUGAGUGUCCAAAAUUUUUCUUUUGACACUUUUGUUCUUAUCCUUUCUUUGACAUCCCUCUGUGUUGGCCUGCAAUCUUAUACUCUGACAGCAAAUACUUCGAAAAAUAGUUUUACAUGUUACUUGAUAUCAUUUAAAGAGAAGUCACAUAAUGUGUUAAAGACAGUAGAGAAAUUAUUAUUAUUAUUCGAUUACUCAAUUGACAGCAGAACAAAUGGAUUCACGUGGCAAAGAGGAGGUUAAAAUGGAGAGGAAAAAAAGGAGCAAACUUACAACAAAUGAGGAAACACAAGAACCAGGAUGAGAGCAAAAAUCAAGACUUAAAUACUGGGGAAUGUGAUCACUGAAGUGAACACAGAUGGGUCUAAUUAGCAGAAUGGAUGUCAGCUGUGAGGGGAGCAUGCAGAGGUAACCGAGGUAGAACAGUGGAAAUGAGAGUACACUGGAAACCAGGUUAGAGUACCAGAAACCAGAAAGAGGACACAACCCAGUAAAAUGAAUUAAGAUUAAAAAAUAAAAAAAAGUCACACAGAAAUUCAGAAACAGGUGCAACAAGAACAUGAUUUAAAUACACAGAGAGUUCAUGGAAAUGUUUCAAAAUAAGACUUUUUCUAAAGUUUUAUUUUAGCCAAUUAUUAUUCUCUAAAGAGAAUAACUAUAACCAAAGACUGCAACUCAGCAGAAAAUAAAUACAAACAGAAUAUAAAACUGAGGGGCUAACUUAAUAAGGAAACCAAAUAGUGAAGAAAUUGCUACUGUACAGCAAUCUAGGAACGUUACAUGAAUAUCUUCAAUCUAUUUAAGUUCUUUUGCUAAAGAGAGAAUGAUCGUUCACAGUAUAAAAACAUUUAUGUAUAUGGUAUUAUGCAAAACCACCCAGACGGUUUCUGGCAAUAAGUUAAAUAUAUGUUUUUUCUUAGGUUGUCCUUAUCAAGAGCACUGAUUUGUGCAGAGUGUAACAUGGGUCCUCUAAGGCAGGAGCUGCCAUGUGUUAUCAUAUCAUAUCUUCACUUUCACUUAAGGCCCAUACAUAAUCUAGAAGAACAGAGACAUUUGUUCUCUCUCCCAGAAUGAUUUGGAUCUCUUCCAGCUUCUGGACAGUACUUUCUUUUCUCAUAUACACAUUAUCAUGUACAAACCUUCUUGUUAAGUAUUGAACAUGCUGACCAGAAAGAACUGUGUCCUUCAGCAAAAGAAGAAACUUCUCUGUUCUUGCAGUAUCUGUGUUGGCGUUAAGACUUCAAAUUAUAAAAAUACAAAGAGGAGGUGAAAUAUCAUAAUAUUUUGUAAUUAAAAGUAUUUUAUAGCUUAUCUAAAUUUAAGGUAUAGAUUUGAUGUGAAAGACACUUUAAAGCUGAGUUGUCUUAUGGAAAUCUAUACACGUCUUGGUUUGGGUUCAGAAAUCAAAGCCUCUCCUUCAAAAAGUCAUCAUGUUGCUUUUUGUCAGUCAAUUCUGUGAUUGCGAAGCUGUCAGUGAGGAAGAAAGUCACAGCAUGUUGAUGCUGAGUUGUUCCAUAAGGCAUCAGACCAUGUGAGGACAAAUUCAAAGAAAGGUGAUGAAUAUUAUGAUAAUAUACAUGUGCAUUUGUGAUGGUAUGUGUGAAUUUGACAAAAACUUGAAAUAUAUGAUAUUUGCACCCACGGAUGGGUUUUGUUUUAAUAUUGCAACAUCUUCUUCUCUUUCGGUAGCCAUUUUACAGUAAUUAGGUCUGACUCUCAUAACCCCAACUCAAGCAUGUUGAAUGUAUCUACCUAUUCACGAGACAAGCCUCAUUCUGAAUGUAAACAUCUGUGUCUUUUAACUGUGAAAACAUGCCUUUUUGAAGCCCUGGCUCACAUGUCCCGUGUUAUACAACAAUUAUUUUCCACCUAGCCAUAGGAAUCUUUAAUAACAUUUUUACAAUGUUCUCAAAAUCCCAUUACAGACUUAAACCUGGCUAGAGUAUUUGCAUGAGAAUCUUGUAAAUCUUUUGCCCAACCUGUGGAGCCUCAUUCACACACAGUCACAUUUUUCAAAACAACAUGAUUUCACCAAUUGUUGCAUGCUACUUUCAAUGAAUUUAUAAACACUGGAGGUAUUAUGUACUAUGCCAGGCUUUGCAUUGACUCUUAAAAAGUAUGACCCUUGUUUGUUUCCUGUAUGUUAAUACGUUGAUGUUGCUAUGUCACUUUAAAGUCAUGACACUUUUCAGAAUGUUUAAAAUAAAAUACUUUAUAUGCAAAAAAAA